AGCUCCUCGACGCCGGCGGCAGCUUCAACUCGUACUUCAUUCUCGAUAGUCCUCCGACUUCGCAUACCCUCCUUGGACUUCAUUUUCAACCUCUUUCAUGCGCUAAAUGGCUGGCUUCUUCUCUUCUUUGCUCCAGUGGCUGAGCGGCUUGUUCUUCUCUAAGACGGCGGAGAUUGCGAUAGUAGGACUGCAGGCAUCAGGAAAGACAUCGUUUGUGAACGUACUAGGCUCCGGACAGUGGAGCGAGGAUGUCGUACCAACGGUCGCAUUCAACCUGAGGAAGAUCAGAAAGGGCAAUGUCACCAUGAAGAUAUGGGACGUAGCCGGACAACCGAGAUACCGCUCUAUAUGGGAGCGGUACUGUAAUGGUGUAGACGCAGUAGUGUUUGUGGUCGAUUCCUCAGACAAGGAGAAGUUCGAGACUGCACGCUUCGAACUUCAUCAGCUCCUCGCGCAGCCCACUCUGCACGGCGUCCCACUGCUCGUGCUUGGUAACAAGAAUGACCUCGAAGGACAUGCGUCCGUGAACGAGCUCAUUAAAGCACUACAAUUAGACAAGAUCACGAACAGACCCGUAUCUUGCUACUCGUGCUCGAUGAAGAGUCAGCACAACCUAGAUAUUGUUUUACAGUGGUUGUCGGGGCGAAGCCACUAAUCCCCCCCCCUCUGUCUGUCCUUCUGUCUUGUCUUGGAUGUCUCUUACAUUACUGUAUCAGUGGACUUGGCUAUGUACUCUGGAUAUUCACGCAUUCCAUCUCACCCCUUACACUGGAAAAAAUGACUAGAGAAACGACGGCGUGCAACAUAUCAAGCUUCGAGCUCAGUCCGUAUCCAUCUGGUCCCCCUCUUCCCUCCGCGCCUGCUCCUGCAGCGCCCUAAGGAACGGUUCCACGCCAGUACCCGCCUCCUCCGGUAGCCCAAGCGUGCGCACGAGUCCCCCAAGGAGCCCAGUGCGCAGCGCCAUGUCCAGAUUACGCACCGCUGCGCGGAACUGCGGCGACGCAACAACGCGCUCAAGCGUCUCAACGCUCGGCGGGCUCGGUAGGUCCGCGGGCAGGUGCGGGAAGAGCGCCUGCGCGAGCUCGGGGCGCGCAGCGAAGAGCGGGCGCAGGUUCGCGGGGGUGAGCACGUCCGUGAGCGAGAUCUCUUGCUGGGGCUGUGCGGCGGCUGCGCCCCCAGAACCCCCGGCGCCGAGCGUGGAGACGAUGGAGCGGAUGCGCGCGAGCUCUUCGGGCGUGGCUUGGAAUCCGCUUGAGGGCACUUGGGAUGAGCUCGCAGCGGAGGUAGAGGGGCCCGCGGAUUGGGUGUUGGGGUUGUAGCCUGCAGAGUACCAGAUGGGAACGAUGCUAGGGUCUACGAGGAGACGAUUGAUAUUUCCGACGAAUUCCUCAUCACGACUUGCGUCAGCGUCCUGCAUAUAGAAGAAGUGCCUCUGGUUAGAGGACGAGAACUUGAGGACAUACGUCCGCCCCCAUGCGGACUGCUCGACCUUCGCGAACGUCGCGUCCCCGGGGAAGAGGAUUAAGUCCUCAUCGACCACGUUCGACGACCGGUUCUUCCAGAUGAAGUGCAGCAGGCCGUCCUCGCCGUUCUGCAGGAGAAGCGCGCCCUUGGUGGGGUCGGGGUCGACGAAGUUCGUGCUGCCGCGGCGGAAGGCACGGCCAGCCUUGAAUGCGAGACGAGUUUCUGCCAUGUGUAGGUAGAGUGGUCGAG